CUAAUCUGUGAAAGAGUGACGUCAGUCUCUCAUCGUGAAACCAGCCAGGACUCAGACCAAGGAUGGCUCUUCUUCAUACGGAGGAACUAGGACCCAAAGAGCUGUGUGUGGCUCCUGACACCACCACCACCACCACCCUCUCACCCUCUGGUGGUAGCAGCACACCUGAGAGGCCCGCCGUGUCCACUAGGGAUCCCAGUCCUCUAGGGCCCAACCCAGUACAACAAGAGAGGGAGGAAGAGGAAGGUCUGAAUGAGUUUCAGAAGAACAUGAAGAUUGAACAUCGGCAGGUGUUGAAAAACACCCACAGGGGCUGCGUUAUCCUGGAGAGACACCGCAGGAAACGCAUCACCCAGAGCUGCAGCAGACUACGGCAGCUUCUACCCACAAUUCCCGGCGGUCGUGUUGACAUGGUAACUGUGCUGGAGAUGACGGUGGCCUACCUGCAGACCAUCAAGCAGAUUUCAGUUUGCAGGCCUGAUAUCCAGCUGUGUCCUCCUGAUGAAGUCCAUUCUGAUUGGCUGAUGCAAAGCCACAUGACCAGGGACCAGGGCCACAAGUUGGCAACCGAACUGGAGUCUAAACUAAGGAGCCAAGGAACCCCAAAAGAGAGAAGAUGGCCGCUCAGGAGGAGGGGAAGGAGAGAGCUAGAGUAGAUGGUGACGCAUGUGGAACUGAAUCCAAAAGAAUGACAGUUUUAAAGUCAUUCAUAUUAUUUAAUAAAGCUGUUUGACUGCU